GUAUAUUUACACUACACACCGUUGAAGGAUAUACAUUUGAAUACGUGUUUUUAGUCAAACAGGAAGUAAAUAUUCAUAAUGAAGUGUUUAAGGUAUUCCAGUAUCAUUGUAAUAAUUCUACAAAACUUAGUUACUGGCAUAGAUUUCACAAUUUCUAAGGAUAAAGUUUUACUAGGUAGUAAAAGAACAUUAACUAUGAGAUGUGAUGUCACUGAAACAGGUGUUUAUUAUAUUAACACCAUACAGAUACAAAUACUUAAAUCAACCACACUGUCUAGGUCAUAUCCUAAUGAUUGGCAGACAUUAACAUCAAUGGAAGCAGGAAUAAAUCAAACUCCUUCAUUAGAUGGUGAUGUAGUAGCAAAUACUAAAGAUUAUGUUGCUGGAGGAUCAUGGGAUUCUGACACACCUGCUAACACAUAUCUUACAUUGUCUAUGAACAUGGAGAAGUUAGUUUGUGAUGAUGCUAGAGCUUAUAGAUGUGUAUUGAUGUAUAAAAGUUCAUUAGUAGGUGUCGUUUCAGUGCAUGAAAAGAAUGCCACGUUUACAGCUUAUUUAAUUUUAUACAUAUCGUUUUAAGCUAAUAAUUAUUAUACAUAUCGUUUUAAGCUUAUAGUGUGAAUAAGUCAAGGCUGCUUUAAAAAUAGCUCUUUGGAAUUUAUAAUGCAAAGCUCUUUAAUAAUGGUAUGUAUUAAUUUAAUCCCCCGGCGUCUGCAUACUUACUAAACACUUAUUCACACUAUUGGUAGCAUGUUUCAUGCACUAUUUGUCACUUUCGAAGUUCAUGGUAAAUUUGAUUUCGAAAUUGAAUUAUGCCGCAGGAGAACAAACAUUCACUUGGAAUCAUAUUUCUGGUAAUGCGUCCACUUUGAUAAUUACAUUUCGGGAAAAGGAUUUCGUGAAACGGGAUCAUAUCGGGAAUUGAUUUUGACUCAGCGUCUAAUAUUGUUUAUUCUGUUUUUAAUGAAUUAAUUGCGUAAAAAGUGUAUUUUGACUGUAAUUUAUUAAAAUAUUGUUCAGUAUCUGCAAAUUUAAGGUAUCUUACGAUCGUAUUUAUGACACGAUUGUGAACGCACCAAGAGUCUUAAUCCAGGAAAAGCACCUUUGCGAAACUUCGUAUAAGGAUUAAAAGUAAUCGACAAGAUGUUCCAAAUGUCAAUUCAGGCGGGAACCACAAUGAGGUAGAGAACAAGAUCGCAUUGAUUCUUUGAAUAGCAAGCAGGUCCGAAGCUAACGUUUACUACCAUUUCAUUAUAUAUUGAAAUUAUUGUUGUAUUAUCAGUAAAUCAGUAAGUUCCAAGGCAAUUAAUUAAAUAAAAAUAUAAAAAUAAAUAUGGCUUAACUUUUACAAACAAAGAGGCAACAGUCCGUCAAAAUGAAAGUAUGUUGUUUGUAAAUGUCCGUGAAAGCGAUCGCAGAUAAUGUGGUAUUGACAAACUCUAUUUUCAGUAUCAGUUGAUUGUCUUGUUAGGGAAUGUUUUAUUAUGUUAUCCUAUAUUCAUGUACCUGAGUUAAGGUGUCUGGUCA